AUGAUGCACAGCAUGGGACCUGAUCCUUAUUUCAAACUGCCACGUCUCUCCGCGUCGGUUGGUAAGGAUGGGCUUUCAUGCAUCCGCGAACCGGCGUUCUGGGAUGAUCGCUCAUUACAUGCCUCGCUUUCAGCGGAUAACCCAGCUGCAGUCUUGCUGACGGCGAACAUACAACCACUGAAGACUGUUCAAUUCCCCAAGCCUUGGGCACGCGUUCUAUUCAUCGCCCAAGACCGCGUCGUUGGGCCGAGUUAA